AGAGAGAGAGAGAGAUGGUGAAGAAGGAAGAAGAAGGAAAGGGAAAGGAAGGGAAAAACCUACUGGGGAGGCCGAAAUUCAAGAAGCUGGAUAAUGGGAGGUUCAAAUGCGUGGAGACUGGGCAUGAAGUCCCUUCUCACGCCAAGGACUCGUACGCUCAGAGCAAGCACUGUCGGAUUGGACUCAUUGACGCCGCUUUGGCUCGUAAUAAGCCCCCUCUCAACUUGUUCCACCAAGACCCUCUCGUCCGCUCAAAAUUGAUCUGUAAGCUAACAGGAGAUAUCGUCAAUAAGUCUGAGGAGCAUAUAUGGAAGCACAUCAAUGGAAAACGUUUCCUCAACAUGUUAGAGAAAAAGGAAGCUGAGAAGGAAACGCCAAAUGGAUUUGCAGAGCCGGAUGAGCAGCCACCAGAGAAAAUAUCACAGCCAAAAGCAGAUAGUACGAAGAAAAAGAAAAAGAAAAAGAAGCCGGAGGAGGAUGUCGCUGAAGUUAUCUCUGAAGUAAAAAACUCUUCUGAUAAGGUCAACGGUACUGAAGAAGUUGACUUCUGGAUGCCUCCAGUCGGAGAACGUUGGGACUUUGAUGAUGGAGGGGAUCGAUGGGCUUCUGAUUCAGAGUCAGGGUCAGAAACUGAAGAUGCUAAUGGAGCAGAUGCUGCUACUGAAGAGGGUAAAGAUGAUGCAAUGGAGAUAUCUAAAAGGACUAAGCGAAUGUCUAUAGAAAUUGGACCUAGUAACUAUGCCUCCAGGAAGAAGAAAAAUAAGACCAAGUCCACAUGAUAAAAACGCAGUGAUUGAGCUUCAAAGUUCAAAGGUGAAAGAGUUUUGGGAAAGUCUUUACAUUUCUAGGAAUGAAUUUUUUUUCACUGUGCACAUAAUGGAAUUUGUUAUUUCUUUCAUUUCCUGUACUGCACUCAAAGGUGUUUUAAGUUAAUAGACUAGCCCCAUGUUCUUGUUUAUUUUAUGGUUGCAGUAUUUAUA